UGUGAUUCUGGGACUGUGGCUGGAGGGCCAGCCGCAUCCGGAUGGCCUGCGGCGACUGCAGUUGAGCCUCUGCGAGCUGUUGGCAUUUGGGGACUCGCUGGACUAGCGCAGCGGGCAUCGGAGCUUCAGUCCGGGAUCCGCAGGUUCACUUGGCACGAUGGGGAUACAAGGAUUACUGCAGUUUAUCAAAGACGCCUCCGAGCCCAUCCACGUGAGGAAGUACAAGGGGCAGGUGGUGGCCGUGGAUACGUACUGCUGGCUUCACAAAGGUGCUAUUGCUUGUGCUGAAAAACUGGCCAAAGGCGAACCUACCGAUAAGUAUGUAGGAUUUUGCAUGAAAUUUGUAAAUAUGUUACUGUCUCAUGGGAUCAAGCCUAUUCUUGUGUUUGAUGGAUGUACUUUGCCUUCUAAAAAGGAAGUGGAGAAGUCCAGAAGAGAGCGACGACAAGCCAACCUCCUUAAGGGCAAGCAGCUUCUUCGCGAGGGGAAGGUCUCGGAGGCCAGAGAAUGCUUCACCCGCUGCGUCAACAUCACACCUGCGAUGGCCCACAACGUCAUUAAAGCUGCUCGGGCUCAGGGGGUCGACUGUCUCGUGGCGCCGUACGAAGCAGAUGCACAGCUGGCCUAUCUGAACAAAGCUGGCAUUGUACAGGCCAUCGUCACGGAGGACUCUGAUCUCCUCGCUUUCGGCUGUAAAAAGGUGAUUUUAAAAAUGGACCAGUUUGGAAAUGGACUGGAAAUUGACCAGGCUCGGCUGGGCAUGUGCAGACAGCUUGGGGAUGUGUUCACAGAGGAGAAGUUUCGGUACAUGUGCAUUCUUUCGGGCUGUGACUAUCUCUCAUCACUGCGCGGGAUUGGGUUAGCGAAGGCCUGCAAAGUGCUGAGGCUAGCCAAUAACCCAGACAUUGUAAAGGUUAUCAAGAAACUUGGACAUUACCUCAAGAUGAACAUAACAGUCCCAGAGGACUACAUCAAAGGCUUUAUUCGGGCCAACAACACCUUCCUGUACCAGCUGGUGUUCGAUCCCAUCAGAAGGAAGCUCGUCCCUCUGAAUGACUAUGGAGAUGACGUGGACCCUGCAGCGCUGAGCUAUGCUGGGCGGUAUAUUGAUGAUUCGCUAGCUCUUCAAAUAGCACUUGGAAAUAAAGAUAUAAAUACUUUUGAACAGAUUGAUGACUACAACCCAGACACUGCUACGCCUGCCCUGCCGAGAAGUCGUAGUUGGGAUGACAGUACAUCUCAAAAGCCGUCUGGUGUUCAUAGCAUUUGGCAUAGGAACUACUGCCCUGGACCUGAGCGGGCCCCUGUUCCAGGAGCUACAAGACUGAAGGCCAACCCAAGCACUGCGGGCAGGGAGCAGGUGGUCAGCACCAAAGGGCUGACCCUGCCAAGGAAGCUGUCCAUUGUGAAACGGCCAAGAGGCGAGGAGAUGUCAGAAGAUGAUCUGCUGAGUCAGUAUUCUCUUUCAUUUACAAAGAAGACCAAAAAAGAUGGCUGUGAAGGUAGUAUAUCCUUGAACUCUUCCAAAAUGCUGAUGCCUGACCUGGUGGAUGGAACUACUAUUAAAAAAACCUUAAGCACACCACCUACGACAAGAAAUAAGUUUGCAGCAUUUUUGCAGAGAAAAAAUCAAGAAAGUGGUGCCGUUGUGGUUCCUGGGACCAGAAGCAGGUUUUUUUGCAAUUCUCUGGAUUCUAUGGACUGUGUAUCAAAGAAAGCAAGCCCCCAACAUCUAGAUGAAACUGCUGACACAGAUAAAAAGACCAAUCUCAAUGAAUCAGAUUGUCUAGAUGAUAAGAAAGUGGUUGAUCUCAAUGAAUCAGACUGUUUAGAGGGCAAGGAGCUGGUUGAUCUCAACGAAUCAGAUUGUCUAGAGAGCAAGAUGCUGGGUGAACUAAAUCAAUCAGAUUGUCUGGAGAGCAAGAUGCUGGGUGAACUAAAUCAAUCAGAUUGUCUGGAGGGCAAGGUGCUGGGUGAACUAAAUCAAUCAGAUUGUCUGGAGAGCAAGAUGCUGGGUGAACUAAAUCAAUCAGAUUGUCUGGAGGGCAAGGUGCUGGGUGAACUAAAUCAAUCAGAUUGUCUGGAGAGCAAAAAGCUGGUUGAUCUCAAUGAAUCAGAUUGUCUGGAGGGCAAGAAGCUGGUUGAGAGGAACGUCGCACACACUCCGAGUGAUCAGACUCCAGAUGGUGUAACUGUGAUUGCUGAUGAAGAGUCUCCGUCUUUUAAGACCGUCGGAUUCACAAAGACCAUUUCACCACCCACUCUGGGGACACUAAGAAGCUGUUUUAGCUGGUCUGGAAGCCUUGGCGAUUUUUCAAGAACUCCGAGCCCCUCUCCGAGCACAGCAUUGCACCAGUUCCGGAGAAGGGGGGGCUCGCCCAGCUCUCUGCCUGGGAGUACGGUGUCCGAUGCGCCUCAGGUCAAGGGCGAUGCGUCGGGUGAUGAAGCGCUUCCUGUACAUGAACUGAGUUGGUCCUCGCAGUCUCUGGAGAGCGCGGAAUUGUCCCCACGCAGCUCAAGUGCCUCAACACUUCCUCAGCCUUCCAGGAAGGACUGCAGUCCAGAGGAAUCUGAUUGCAAUUUUAAGUCACUUGCUAAUCAAGGUAAUCAGAAACCCAAGCUACGUGUAUCUCACUUUUCAAAAAAAGACACGCUUCUAAGAAACAAGGUUCCUGGGCUGUAUAGGUCUGGUUCUCUGGACAGUCUCUCUACAACCAAGAUCAAAGCGCUAGUGCCUGCGAGAGCCAGUGGGCUGAGCAAGAGGCCAGCGAGAGUCCAGAAGAGGAAACACCACAACGCCGAGAACAAGCCGGGGCUGCAGACGAAGAUCAACGAGCUCUGGAAAAACUUUGGAUUUAAAAAAGAUUCUGAAAAGCUUCCUUCCUGUAAGAAGCCAGAUCCCCUGUCUCCAGUCAAGGAUAAUAUUCAACUCACUCCAGAAACGGACGAGGACAUCUUCCACAAGCCGGAAAGUGCGCGUGUGCAGAGAGCCAUAUUCCAGUGACGGGCAGCUGGGGCCGCCCCGAGCCUUUCUGCCCGUGAAGUCCUCUUGGCAGGGAGGCGGGUACCAGUCUGAGAUUUGUUCUUAGAGUUACGCCACGUUUUUUUAAUAGACUACAUUUUGUAUAUGAACUAUGUGAUUGUUUCCUUUGUUCAGCUUUUUAUAUUUUCAUAAGAAGCUAACUAGGGAAAUUAUUUUUAACAGUUUUGGAAGUUUUACUGUUAUUUAGGCAAGUUUGCUAGAAAUUUAUAAAAAUUUACUCUAAAGAUUUCUGUUACAUUGUCAAGCAUAAGACUGGCAAAUGGAAAACCACAUUUCUGUAAAUUAUCUUACCCUAGAGGAAAUCACUGAAUUCUUCCAAGCUUUACAAUUUUCCACGUGCCUCUGUCUUUCGGGGUUGAAUAGAAAAUAAAGUUGCUGGGAGGGGAGGGGCAGUUGGAGGCAUGAAGGUCGUUGCACAGCGGGACAGGCCUUUACUACCCCUGAAGGGUUUGGUUGGGAUUCACAUUUGACAGUGGAAGGAACUACUACUUACAUCAUUAAUAUUCUUAAGCUUCAAAAUAGCCUGUUUUUAAAUAUGUCUUUUUU